UACUGUCUAUGGGACUGUUGCUGGGCGCUGGUGUUGCAAUGGAACGUUCUAUUGGCUUUCACUUCUUCGAAACAUCUAUACGCUUCGGGAUCUCGACACAGUGUCAAAACGUCCGUUUCGCGGCAGCCAUCCCUAUCUACAGAAUUCCUCUUCCCGCGAUCCUUUUCGAACCCAACUGAUCAUCUUGCUUACUCAAGAGAAGACAUGCCAUAUAUAAAGAGAAAGAGUUUACCAAAGCAUCUAAAGACUUCACUCUGCUGGAUCUGAUGAUAUAAGGGAAUCAGAUACACAAAUUGAGACAGACUUCUAAACAGAGGCUUAAUAUCACCACUCAGUCGACCAGAAUGCAUCUAAACCAAUAAACAAACAAACAAAACAAAAACAUUCAUGAAGUCUAACGGAGAAUCAUUUGCGUUCAGUUUUAAACGGGCUCAAUCAAUAACUUAGCACUUUGCACUUGCACUUGAACAAACAUGUUCCUGUUAAGGAUCAUUUUGUUUAUCGCUGCUAUAUUGGCUCUGAACUUUGAACUGAGUUUCUGCACCUGUGCUCGUGCUGAAUAUGAGAUUCAAGGAGAAUGUUGCCCUAUGUGUGCUCCGGGAAACUAUGUUUAUUGGCACUGCACUGUGGAUGCUAGUACAACUUGUGUUCCAUGUCCUGAAUCAUCUUAUACUGAUGAACCCAAUGACCUUAUGAAAUGCUUUACCUGCUCUAUGUGUGAUGCAGUUAUAGGACUAAGAGUAAAGAAGGCUUGCACACGCACUGCAGAUACAAUCUGUGAGCCACAGGACGGAUUUUACUGCACUGAACAAAAUAAGCACAGCUGUACAUUAGUUGAGAAACACACUAAAUGUAACCCUGGGCAAUAUAUUAAUCAAACAGGAACAGCAUUUACUGACACUAUAUGUGCAAACUGCACAGACGGCACUUACUCAAAUGGCUCUUUAAUGGCAUGCCAACCACAUUCAAUGUGA